AUGCUGGUCGUCCUGCUGACAGCAGCCUUGUUGGUCCUGAGCUCAGUUCAGAGCUCAGAUGAAGUGGUCAGCUAUGAAGACUCAUCUUCUCAGCUUUUAGAGAAUGAACAGCAGAGCCAAGAACAUGGUCAUCAUCAUCCAAAACCAUCUCCUGGAGGAUCCCGCCCACGGCCUCCCAUUACUGAUGCAAAUGAUGAUGGUGAUGAUGAUAGCAGUGGGGAAGAUGGAAACAGACCAGAGAGACCACCACAGCACGGAGGCAAUCACCAGCCUCCUCAUCAUUCACAUCCUCCUCACUCAGGACACCACCAUGGCCCACUCCCACAGGGAGGACCUCAGAGACCCCCUCAGCCUGGUCACCCACAAGGCCCACCCCCACAGGGAGGUCCACAGAGAGCCCCUCAGCCUGGAAACCCACAAGGCCCACCCCCACAAAGAGGCCCUCAGAGAGCCCCUCAGCCUGGAAACCCACAAGGCCCACCCCCACAGGGAGGUCCUCAGGGACCCUCUCAGCCUGGAAACCCUCAAGGCCCACCCCCACAGGGAGGCCCUCAGGGAUCUCCUCAGCCUGGAAACCAACAAGCUCCACCCCAGCAGGGAGGCCAGCAACAGCCAACCCAAAUACCCAACCAAAGGGGAAGACCACCACAGCAUGGAGGCAAUCACCAGCAUCCACGCCCUCCUCGCCCUCAAGGCCCACCUCCAGAGGGAGCCCCUCAGGGACCCCCUCAAUCUGGAAAUCAACAAGGCCCACCCCCACAGGGUGGCCCUCAGGGACCCCCUCAACCUGGAAACCCACAAGGCCCACCCCAGCAGGGAGGCUCCCAGCAGAGACCCCCUCAGCCUGAAAACAAUGAAGGCUCAGAACAGCCAAGUUAUCUAUGGUCAUUUUUUGCAUAA